UAUAAUACCGUUUACAGUAGUGACGGGCAAGCCUACAUAGUAAGCGAAUAGAAGAGGAUGCGCACAUCACGCCAUCAUAAUCUUCCACAUGUACAAGCCGGUAGUAGACGAAAACGUGGGUGGUGCUAUUAAUUGACAAUUGCAUUUGAGUUAUUAUCAAGUGUGUGCUUAAACUGUUUGACACAUAUACUUCUUUAACACUUACGGAUCCAGGAAAUGCUCAAUAGCGUUACAAAUGUGUCGGAUACAAUCUAGCGCGCGUCCAGCUCGUUUCAUCUAAACUGUACUUGUCAUCAUAAUCAUAAUGGUGGCGGGAGAGUUGCUUCAAGAACAACAUAUUUUGCCCGACAAAACACCUGGCGGGAGUGUCAGUGCCUGCGAGACGCCCGAUGGAGGAAAUACAGAACACUACAAGACGCUUUCCAAUGGCUCCGUUCAUAUAACUUUGGAUCCAAAGGUGCUGGAGCAAGAGCUUCCAGCACCGGAUGAAAAAGACGCGAUGCUUCCCAGCGACCAGAAUAAACCUCUGGAAACCAAACGGUAUUUGUGGAGGUUCGCUGUACUGGCGGUGUUCAGCCUUUAUUCGCUCGUCAACGCCUUUCAGUGGAUCCAAUACGGCAUUAUCGCAAACAUCUUCACGAACUAUUAUAAUGUAUCAGACGUGAUGGUUGACUGGCUCUCCGUGGUCUAUAUGGUCGCGUACGUGCCCUUGAUCUUCCCCGCUACAUGGCUGUUGGAUAAAAAGGGACUGAGGAUGACAGCGUUACUGGGGGCCGGCCUGAAUGCAGUGGGCGCUUGGGUGAAAUGCGCCAGUGUGGGUCCUAAUCUCUUUUGGGUCACCAUGACCGCACAGAUUAUAUGUUCUGUGGCACAGGUGUUCAUUUUGGGACUCCCCUCCAGAAUCGCAUCGGUGUGGUUCGGGCCCAGUGAAGUUUCCACAGCGUGUGCCACUGCUGUGUUAGGCAAUCAGCUUGGUGUGGCUAUUGGUUUCCUGCUGCCACCUGUUCUGGUUCCCAAUACUGCAGAAGACAAAGAGCUCAUGGGCUACAACAUCAGCAUAAUGUUUUAUGGGACAGCUGCAAUUUCAACUCUGCUCUUCUUUUUAACAGUAUUUGUCAUUAAGGACAAACCUCCACUUCCACCCAGCAAGGCCCAAGCUGUACUCUGCGAAACACCUGAUGAAGAUUAUUCAUACAAGAAGUCCAUCAUCAACCUCUUCAAGAACAAGCCAUUCAUUCUGCUUCUCAUUUCUUAUGGCAUUAUGACGGGAACUUUCUACUCCGUAUCUACGCUCUUAAAUCGAAUGAUAAUUACUCACUAUCCGGGUGAAGAGUUAAAUGCUGGUAGAAUUGGCUUGACUUUGGUGGUGGCUGGAAUGGUUGGCUCAAUACUCUGUGGACUCUGGCUGGAUCGUACUAAAACUUAUAAAAUGACCACGUUGAUCGUCUACAUCUUGUCCUUCGUUGGAAUGGUCGUGUUCACAUUCACUCUGGAUUUGGGAUAUUUGCUUGUGAUCUUCAUAAAUGCUGGAGUUCUCGGGUUUUUUAUGACCGGUUAUCUUCCCAUUGGCUUUGAGUUUGGUGUCGAAAUCACAUACCCGGAGUCUGAGGGCACGUCCUCUGGUCUUCUGAAUGCAUUCGCACAGGUUUUUGGGAUCAUUUUUACUCUCAUCCAAGGACAGCUCAUCACCGAUUACAACCCACUCAUCGGAAACAUUUUCUUGUGCGCUUGGACCUUCCUAGGCAUCAUUCUAACAGCUUUGAUUAAAUCAGACCUCAAAAGACACAACAUCAAUGUGGGCAACACUGACAAAGGCCAAGCAGUUCCUGAAGAGAAAGAACCCUGUGCUGCCAAACUGGAAUCCAGUUUACCUCACGACACCUCACUGUAAAUGUUUAUAAACAGCACAUCAAACAUCACAAAAAACAGAUUAUAGACUUUCUUGAGAUUACUUGAAAAUAGGGAUGUUCAUAUUGGCCGGUUAACCGUUAAACAAAGGUAAAAAUUUAUGAAGGAUUAAUAUUAUAAGUUUAAAAAGACGAACAGUGUCGAUACGUCCCUACAGACAUUUCACCACUUUUCUAUCCUUAAAGGGGACAUAUCAUGAAAAUCUGACUUUUUGCAUGUUUAAGUGCUAUAAUUCGGUCCCCAGUGCUUCUACACUGCAAAAAAUGACUUUCUUACUUAGUAUUUUUGUCUUGUUUUCAGUAGAAAUAUCUAAACAUUCUUAAAUCAAGAUGUAUUUUCUUGAUGAGCAAAAUUACCUAAGAAAAUAAUACUAGUUUCUC